GCAAAUCGUUGAUAUCACAGCACUUCUCAUCGUAACAUCAACCUUUAUCAAAAUUGAUGUACCAAACCGCAGAGUGUAGGACAGGCGGGAACUUGACUUUUACGCCAAGCGAAGGCAAUAAAUUUGGUUUUAAACCAGGCCAAAUAGUUCAUUUUACGAAAAGCCUUCGCAAUGGGAAGGUGGCCCUUAUCCGUGGUGUGUGCGACGGCCUCUUAUGGUUUUCCGUCUUCCCAUCCGUAGAUGAGGCCGCAAAAGAGGAGGCCCUCAGAGCUCCCGUCGAUUCUUCUAGCUGUCGAGGGUACGAAGAGUUUAUUCGCCAAUACGGGUGGGUCAUAGACGACAGAAAAAAUGAGUUUUUGUAUCAAGACGCCUAGUAAAGAUAAGCCCUAAAGGGUUAGUAUACUGUUCUUACUGUAACUACUACGUGUCUUUCAAAUGAAAAAUGAGUACAUUUGUUUUAGCAAAUAAUAAGGUAUUUUAUUUGAACUACAAAGGUGUCGAAAAUCGUGUGUGAGUAAUUUCAUUUUAUUUUCGUGUCCCUUG